AUUGCUCUAGCCUAUAUAGCAUAAGCAUUCGGAUUCCCUUGUUGCUGAGGCUUGAGAGUUUUGUCGAGAAUCUAUGCGCCCUAAUUUGUCUCUCCCGUUUGGGAGGGCUGAAGUGCAGCGGCGGCUUCCGGUUUUCCGAGGUAGGCCAGUCUCUGCGAUGAAAAAUCCGAGAGCCAAAACCGGCUGAGUUGCUCAAUGUUUUGGGCUGUCCGCUUUGGUUCAGCCUCUUUAGAAUUUAGAUAGCUUAUCCGGAGCGCCUCAUGGCAGCUGAAUCAGCUUAAUCUUGUAGCAGUCGCAGUAGCAUCCUAGUCCUAGGAUGCCAGUGCCGGAAACUUUCGCAACUGCCCUGGGCUUCUUGUCCUGUCUGCGAGGCCUGAGCUAAUCGAAACGUUUUCCUUUUUGCAAUUUCCCGCGUACACGAGAGGUCCGGGGGUAGGAGUGGAGUUGGAGCCAUCACUGCUGAUGAGAAGAAAGAGAGUGAGAGGAAAGAUCACUUCUCUUUGCCAUGAAAUUCAGAAACCCAAUUUUGCGUCUUUUCAGCACCUCUUCAUCGAGUCCACCAACACAUCAAUCCUCCAACAAUCUGGUCGCCGUCGAAUCCGCAAAGAAGCUCCACGCACAUCUCAUCAGAAAAGGAGCCCACACUGAUCCGACCGCAAUAGCCGACGUCCUCCGCUCAUACGCUCUCUCGACCACGAAACCUCACAAAAUCCUUUCUCUCUUCGACCAUAUCGAGCGUCCCACAAUCUUUGUUUGGAACUGGACCAUCAAGGGUUUGUCCCUAGGCGAACGACCUAGUGAAGCAAUCUCUGUGUAUAACCGAAUGCGGCAUUGCGGUGUUUGUGCGAAUAAACUGACGUUCAUAUUCGUUCUCAAGGCCUGCGCUCGGGUACCCGAUAUCGUGCAUGGCUGGAAGGUCCACGUGCAUUGUAUGAAACUUGGGUUUGAGUCCUACCUCUUUGUGUCGAACAGCUUGAUUAGUAUGUAUGGUUCGUGUGGUGAAGUGGGGUUUGCACAAAAAAUGUUUGAUGGGAUGCAUUUCAGGGAUUUGGUUUCUUGGAACUCUUUGAUUUGUGGCUAUAGUCAGGUGAAUAAAUUUAGGGAGGUUUUGGGUCUUUUCAGUGCAAUGAAAGUGGAGAAGGUUAAGGCCGAUGCAGUGACAAUGGUUAAGGUUGUUUUGGCUUGUAGCCAUUUGAAUGAUCAGGAAUUUGUGGAUCAUGUGGUUAAUUAUAUUGAGGAGAAUGGUGUCAAGAUGGACGUCUUCUUGGCAAACACUCUGAUAGAUUUGUAUGGGAGGUGUGGCUCUGUGGGAUUAGCUCGGAAUGUGUUUGAUCAUAUGGACGAGAGAAAUUUGGUCUCUUGGAAUGCCAUGAUAGAGGGGUACGUGAAAGCAGGGGAUUUGGUUGCUGCACAGGAGCUUUUUGAAAGCAUGCCAUUACGAGAUGUGAUCUCUUGGUCAUCCAUGAUUAGAGGUUACUCUCAGACUAAACAAUUUUCUAAUGCAUUGACGCUUUUUCGUGAAAUGAUGACAGCUAAAGUAAAGCCAGAUGAAAUUACACUAACUAGUGUUCUUCCUGCUUGUGGCCAUUUGGGUAGUCUUGAUGUUGGAAAGGCAAUUCAUGAGUAUAUCCACGAGCACAAGAUAAAACAGGACAUUCAUGUGGGAAACUCUCUUAUAGAUAUGUAUUGCAAAUGUGGCUGCAUUGAGAAGGCAUUGGAAGUAUUUCGAGAGAUGAAGAGCAAGGAUACUGUAUCCUGGACCUCUAUCAUAUCAGGACUCGCUGUGAAUGGUUAUGCCAUUUAUGCCCUGAAGUUCUUCUCACAAAUGUUAAGUGGAGGUGUUCCACCAAGUCAUGUGACCUUCAUAGGGGUGUUGCAGGCCUGUACCCACACAGGAUUGGUGGAUGAAGGAUUUGGUUAUUUUGUAAGUAUGACCAAAAUUCAUGGAAUAGAGCCGAGGAUGAAGCAUUUUGGCUGUAUGGUAGAUCUCCUAAGCCGUUCUGGCAAUUUAGACAGGGCAUAUGAAUUUAUUAAGAAAAUGCCAGUGGCACCAGAUGCUACUGUGUGGAGGAUACUGCUGAGUGCUUGUAAGCUUCAUGGAAAUAUUGCUAUGGCCGAAAUUGCCAUGGACAAGCUUCUUGAGUCAGAUCCAAGCAAUAGUGGCAACUAUGUGUUAUUGUCCAACACCUAUGCAGGGGCAGAUAGAUGGGAUGAGGCAAUGAAUGUGAGAGAAUUGAUGAAAGAGUGUGAUGUGCAGAAGCCACCUGGAUGUAGCUCCAUUGAAGUUAAUAAUGGAAAACAUGAGCCCCUAACUCCAGAUAAGCUACAUUUUCUGAGCAAGGAGCAGGUUCUGACAGGAUAAUCUUCUAGAGGUUUUACUCAAAUACUGUUUAUGGAUAUGAAACCAAUCAAGAGCUGGUUCACAUCCAACUGCUAGAAAGAGGUUUCAUGUAAGCAGAGCGCUAAGCAUUGGAACUGGACCCUCGGAAAAGGCACUUUCUUAAUUCAGAACAAGGCAGGUCAACCAGGAACUAGAGUUUUGCAAAUCUGCAAUGAAAUUUUUGCAGUUCUGAGUCCCAAUUUACUGGGCAUACUUUUUAACAUGAUGAACUGCUGAAAACGGUUGAGGUUCAAGCAUGCUAAAUAGGAAUUGGAGUUCUUGUUGAAGGAGUUCUAGGGAUCCUUAAAUACUGGAGGACAAUGCAAUUUUGUAUAUGUUUAUUUUGUACUUGUUAGGUACAAUUUUAUGUUUUUUUUUUUUAAAUUCCUCCAUUUCCUCUCAGUGGGGAAAGUUAUAGUUUACCCUUUGGUAAUUUUUAUCGGAAUAAGAGAUUUGUACUUGCUAGUUCAUGGAAUUUUUUCCUUUCAGUUAAAAAAUAGUUGAUGAUUCCUUU